AUGCCUUUUACAAAGACAUAUUUUCUGUGUCCGACAUCCGAUUUCAUACAUCCACCACCAAAGGGCCCGCUAUGUCUCGGGUCUGUCAUCCGCUCCACGUCAGCACCACAAUACCCUCUGAACAGAGCGAGCGUAGUUCCCGUGGCUGAUGCAUUCCCACCUAUCGUGGAGACCGACUGGAAGAAGACAGUUUUCGCCGAGAAAGGGCUCGGUUUGGGUGUCUAUGCCCAAUUCCUGCAGCUGGCUACCGGAGGACUGGCCCUCGGUCCCGAGGUGGACAUUGAGCAUUCAAACACAACGGCAGAUACGUUUGCAUUCGACACGGUGACGACAUUGGCGUUUGAGCCGACCCAGGUGUACGUGGAAGAGGCUGUCAAGGCACCUGCCGUCCAGGCAUGGCUGAGAGAGCCCAGGCAGAAGUUUGCACUCGUCAGCGAGCUCUUUCUCGUCACGGGCAUGAAACUCGUCAAGGGCGCCCAGAUCAAGUACUCGACUUCACAGACCACGACGGUCAAGGGGAAGCUUGGCAUUGACAUGGUCGCGCUGGGCAUGACCUUUGGCCCGAAAGGCUACUGGACUGGCGCGAAUGGUGAUGCGACAGAGUCGAACCGCGAGUCGGAAUUUGUGUUUGCGUUCCGCGUCAAGAGGCUCAAGUUUGGGCGGAGGCUGAAGCUUGAAGAGUACAACAAGGGCGCCUUUAUGACCAUUGGCGGCAAGAAAGAGGAUGAUGAAUGUGUUUUGGUUGGGGACGUGGAUGGAGCUGAUAUCAAGACUGCUGAGGUAGUUCCCGAUGUGACCGAGAACGGCAACGUCUAUUGCGUCCCCGCUUGA